AUGCAUGUUCCAACCCCCAACCUGGAGGGCCAGGAGACUGUGUUCGUUGGACCUCUACCCAUGGACCAACCUGGUAUGAGAAACUGUGUCGCGCGGACACCGCCCAGUAUAGCUCAGUGGGUCGCUGAGGUACACAAACCGCCACAUCACGGUAAGGUCGAGUCUCUUCGAUGUCAGUGGCGUUCGUGCUGUCAUCAGAACCGCAAUGUUCAAAUGGCAUCUGACAAGAACCUUGUCGGUCUGGAAUAUGCGGACGAUAUUGUUCCCAUCUUCGAAGAGAAGCCGCAGGUGUUUUUGAAUGAACUGACCAAAGCAUUUUGCACCCACAAAGUGUAA